AUGACUCUGCCGAUGCUUUCUUCAUGGAUAGAAACCCUAUCCAUCCACCACCCUGCAAGGAAUGACUAUGAGAUCAAGCCUCAGAUCAUUGCAUUGGUUAGACAGAACCAAUUCAAUGGACUUCCAGCUGAGCACCCUCUUGAUCACAUAGAAAACUUUGAAGAAAUUUGCAGCACUACAAGAUCCAAUGGAGUCUCUGCUGACUACCUUAAGUGCAAGCUCUUUUCAUUCUCUCUUGGCGACAAAGCUUCAAGAUGGUUGAAGUCUCUGCCAGCUCACUCCAUCACCACUUGGGAUGAGUACAAGGCUGCAUUCAUCAACCACUUCUACACCAAACAGAGAUCAAUUUCUGUGAGAAACAAGAUCUCCACUUUCGCCAAGGCAACAAUGAGUCUUUCUAUGAGGCGCUAG